UAAAAUUUCUAUUCAAUUAGAUCACAUAUAAUAAUUACAAUAUGCGCGCGCAUCUUCAUGCUCGCGCAUGCGCAAUGCAUUAACAGUUCAGUCGAUAGAAUUGUUAUACUUGAAUCAUAUACGCGACAUUAUGAACAAUUAUAUGCGCGAAUGUAAACAUUGCAAUCAUUAACGUGUAAUAUGAGAUGCAUUAAGCGAAAUAUGUGGUAAAAAGAUGUUAAAUGAUUUAUGGUAUUCAUUUCUUGGAAAUGUUUAUAAUAAAUUGUCUUUUUUGGAAACAUUUAUUCCGGAUAGUUUUCGGUAUAAAUGUAUUAACCAAAUUAUGGAAAAGGAUGAACGUCACAUCCGGUGCAUUGCUUUAUUACUAUGUGAAUCAAGCGUUAAAAUACUUCCCACGAUAAUUAUAAGUGAUUGUAAUUAUAACAAUAAGUUCUUUGUUUAGAAUUAGUAUAAAUACUGUAUCCAUUCAAUGGAUAAGAUCAGAGUUUGAGGAGAGUUUGAGAAGUAUUCAAACAGAAGAGUUUGAGAAGUAUUCAAACAGGAGAGUUUGAACGGUAGUCAAACAGGAGAGUUCUUGUGAAAGAAUCAGUUAAUAAAGUAAAGUUUAUAAUUAAAAUAAAACAUCUUAGUCUUUUUAUUCGAUAAAAGGAUAACCGUAGGAAAAAGCUCCUACGGGUUAAACAUUGGUGACCCCGAACGCUUGAAAUGAGCGCGAGUAAAAAUUAAAAGUUAAAUGUAUCAGAAAGAAUUGAACAUAUAACGAAGGAAAAUAAAUCGCGGACUGCAGCCGUUGAUUUAUUGAACAAUAAAAGUGUAAUACAAAGGGUAUUACGCAAAAAGUGCACUUAAAUCAACACGGUGUGUUGAAAUAAAAAACAAGUAACGCGGUGUGUUAUAAAAAAUAAAAGCUUAUGUUAAUCCACAAACAGCACGAUCUGUUAAAGGAAAAAUAAAGUGACACGGUGUGUUGCAAAAAAUAAAAAGUUGAAUUCAAAAUCCACAAACGGCACUGGCUGUUAAAGUAAAAGUGGGAAUUCUUAACUAAAAAAUAACGCGGCGCGUUAAAAUAAAUACAGUAGUAUUGGAAACUACGUAUUGACAUAGUUUGUCACAGAACGUGAGAGUCCAAGCUAUAAUAGAAAUAGUACUGAGACCCACUAGAAAAGAAAGUAGCCUUGCAAACUACAACUCGACACGGUGUGUCAUAAAUAUUUAAAAAAAAUAAAAACGCGGUGCGUUAAAAUAAAUAAAAUAAUCCCGGGAAUCGACAUAAGGUCAAAUUAAAAUGUCUAAAGUAGACGCAGCGCUUACGGCGCAAAAAUCGAUCGGAACCAAGGUUCGAUCUAAAUUAACAAGCUACAAUUCGUUACCUAUUGAGAGGAAAAAUUACGAAUAUGUAAAGCAAUUGAUUAAUGAAGCUGAAGAACUUCGGAACGAGUUCAACAAUAAUAAUGAAUUUUUGUGCAGAACUGCGUUGUUGGACAGCGAACAUCAAUACUUCAAGGCCAACUACUACGACGAAACGAUAAAGUAUUUCACUGAGUAUAAGGCAUUGAUGCAAAAAACAAUCCAUGAUUUACAAGAAGCAAAUCCAGAGCAAAAAACCGGCAAAACUGGAGACCAUGUAAACCUGGAUAAUUUGUUUAAGCAUGCAAACGAAAAUCCUAAAGAUAUCAGCAAUGCGACUGAUACUACCUCAACCAGAAUGGGGUUAUUAAUGCAGCGGCUCAAUGAUUACAUAAUUGCAGUGCAUAAAGCGGAAAGCGAAAAUGAUAUUGAUCAAGCCAGAACGUUGGCAAAUAUCAUUAAAAGCUAUUCGAGAAUUAUAGAAGUGCAGUGCGACAUAAUUAGCAGUCCAAGCUGUAACAUACACGAUUUCUUCGAUAUGACAGAUGAAAUGACAAGAAUUAUUGAGAAGUACGAAGCCUCGAAACCUUCCAAUCCAGCUAACUGGCAAUCAUCGGCGAAAUUACCGAAAUUAAAUGUUCCUCUAUUUUCCGGGGAAUACGUCAAAUAUAAAUCAUUCAAGGAGUUAUUCCAACGUAUGAUUGGCGGGCAGCAGCAAUUGGAUGACUGCGAAAAAUUGGCAUACUUGAAAGGGCAAUUAAAAGGUGAACCUUUAAGAUUACUUUCAGCGUUACCAAUAGAAAAUGCCAGUUACGCUAUCGCUUGGGAAACGCUCAAUGACAGAUAUGAAAAUUGUCACUUGAUAAUGGUGCAGCUAAUGAGAAAACUAAAGUCUGGGCCAAAAAUGGAAAGAUACGUCGUCGAAUCAAUGAAAAACAUCACAGAUGAAAUCAGUGAAUCCAUUUCAUUGAUCUCCAACAUGGGAAUACCUUGGAAUGAGGAUACUGACAUGUUGUUCUACUACAUAGUAGAAGAAAGAAUCGACAGCAUAACUAUGGGUCAUUUCCAAAACAAAAUUGAUGGUCCACCCAAAUUGCGUGGUUACAAAGAAUUACUGGAAUUUUUGAAGCAACGUAUCAGCAUUUUAACGGUGGAAUCUUCAAACGAAGAGAAAGGCAACAAGAAGCCUGCAAAGAAAAUAAGUUUCCGGGAAUUUAAAAGCCAGGAUACACCUAACCAAAAAACGUCAUUGGUUGCCACUCCAAGCGCGUCCCCAAACAUCUUUAAUGCCAACAAGAAAUGUGAUUGCAAAGAACCCCACUACAUAUCGAAAUGUCCAGUAUUUGCUGCACUAAACCUAAAAGGCAAAAUGGAAAAAUUGAGGAAUUGGAAGAUGUGCUGGAAUUGCCUAGUAAAAGGGCACGAAAUACGAGAUUGUAAACAAAAAAAUAGUUGUACCAAGUGCAACAGAAAACACCACACUCUAAUGCAUUCGGAGAAAAUGGCUACGUCAUUAUUGGGAACAACAACUAAAAAUGAGCAUCUUGAUCAUGUGUUCUUGGCAACCGCAAUAAUUAACGUCAUUGGGUCAAAUGGACAACCGUGUCAAGCCAGAGCAUUAUUGGACUCUGGUUCCCAAAUAAAUAUCAUAACACAGAAGUUAUGCAGCAAAAUUAAAGCAAAAUCAAGCCACUCAAGCUUGAAAAUCAAUGGAGUAGGAUCAUCGCAAGUGGAAUCAACAAAACGAGCAAGUUUUGUUAUUAAAUCAAUGGCAUCUGGAUUCGAGGCGAAUCUAGAAGCGUUCGUCCUAAAGGAGGUCAGCACGUGUCAACCAUUGAACGAAGUAAACACAAGCAGAUGGAAAAUUCCAAAAAAUAUCAACUUAGCUGACCCUAAAUUCAACAUACCAGCAGCAAUUGACAUCAUCAUUGGUGGAGAGCUUUUCUUCAAACUAAUUUCCAUUGGACAAAUCGAGAUUGGAAAAUCCUUACCAGAUUUGCAAAAUACGGUGUUCGGUUGGGUAGUAACUGGAAAAGUGCUGGGCCUACAACAGCAGGAAGCUUUCGUGGGAAUGGUAAAUGAAACUCAGCUCGAGAAACAAAUUGAAAAAUUCUGGCAAUUGGAAGAACGCUACAAGGUCAAGAAACCAAUGACUGAUCGCGAAGUAAAUUGUGAGGAAUAUUUCGACAAAACUACUAUGAGAGAAAGUGACAAUGGAAAAUUUAUUGUGAAUUUGCAAUUCAUAAAAGAACCAUCAAUGCUGGGCAACUCGAAAAAUAUGGCCAUAAGGCGAUUCCUGUUCUUGGAAAGACGAUUCCAAAAGGAUCCGGAGCUAAAAGAGGAAUACGUUACUUUUCUACGAGAAUACGAAAACCUUGGGCACAUGGAACGAGUACAGUUGGAAAAUAUAACUGAUGAGAAUUAUUUCAUACCUCAUCAUGCCGUUAGGAACCCAUCCAGCAGCACAACGAAAUUUAGAGUAGUUUUCGAUGGAUCGGCAAAAACUACAACGAAUAUUUCACUGAAUGAAAUACUGGCUAAUGGUCCAAUGCUUCAAGACGACUUAUUUUCCAUAUUAGUUCGUUUCAGAAAACACGCGAUAGUGUUUUCAGCGGACAUUACAAAAAUGUAUCGCCAAGUAGAAGUGACUGAAAGUCACCAAAAAUGGCAGAUGAUUAUCUGGCGAGAACAACCAGACCAACCAUUGGGAUUUUAUAAACUAAAAACAUUGACAUAUGGGCUAACAUGUUCUUCUUAUUUGGCAAUAAAAGCACUUCAAACAUUGGCAGAAGAGCACAAGAACGUCUAUCCUGAAGCCGCAGAAAUAGCAAAAUCAGAUUUUAACGUUGACGAUGUUAUGACUGGAGCCGAAAAUGUGGAACAAGCGCUAGUGCUACAAGAGCAAUUAAUACAGAUGUGCAAAAGUGGACAUUUUGAACUACAUAAAUGGUGCUCCAAUCAUCCAAUGUUAUUGAAAACAAUACCAGCAAAGAAGCGAGAAGUAAGCCUGGAGAUCAAUGCAGAAAAAACAGAAACGAAGGCAUUGGGAGUAAAAUGGAUUCCCAAAGACGACAUUUUUAUGCUUUCGUACGUUCCAAAAGAGCAUAACAAAGUCACAAAGCGGACAGUCUUAUCGGAACUAUCGCAAUUAUUUGACCCACUUGGCUUCGUAAAUCCGGUAGUCGUGAUGGCAAAAAUAUUCUUGCAAGAGAUAUGCAAAUUAAAAUUGCAAUGGGAUGCAGCAGUACCAAUGCACAUGAAUAGCCGAUGGGAGCAGUAUCGAAACCAAUUAAAAAUGUUAAAUAAGGUGAAACUACCCAGGCGCAUAUUAGUGGAUAAUCCGUCAGAUAUACAACUGCAUUUAUUCUCGGACGCAAGUGAAAAGGCAUAUGGAAGUGUUGCUUAUCUACGGUCGGUAAAUUCAGACGGAGAACGGCUAGUCAGCUUGGUCUGUUCUAAAAGCAGAGUUGCCCCGAUAGUGCAAACAACAUUGCCAAGGCUGGAAUUGUGUGCAGCGCUACUAAACGUGGAAUUAGCAAAAAAGGUUGAGCAAACGUUGCAACUGAAUAUAUCUAGCACUACUUACUGGACGGACUCGGAAGUUGUCUUAUCAUGGGUGUUAUCAGAUGGAACCUACCGCACAUUUGUAGCCAACAGAGUAGCUGAAAUAAAAAGGAAAACUCAGCCGGAAAAUUGGAGAUAUAUCAAUACGAAGUCUAACCCAGCAGAUUUAGUGUCACGUGGAAUGACACCUGAAAAACUGUUGGAAUCCAAGCUAUGGUGGGAAGGACCACAAUUCUUAAAUCAAGAAAAAGAAGACUGGCCAGAAAUGAAAGCCUCAUUCAUCAGAGAAAUCACUGAAGAAAAGCAAAUUAAAACGGUGCUAACAGCUUCAGUACCAGAAGCCAAUUUCAUAGACAGGAUCAAUCAUAGAAAUUCUAUUCGAGUCCUUCAACGAAUUGUGGCGUACGCGCUGAGAAUGCUGAGAAAAAACAAUGGCGAACGAGAGCAAUCAAAUGAAACAUUGUCGAUAACGGAAUUAAAAGCAGCGAUGCGCGUAAUACUCAAACACGUCCAAAAAACCUGUUUUGCUGAAGAAUUGGAUUUGCUAAGCAAAGGAAAACAUUUGAAAAGUCGAUUUUCUAACUUUUCACCAAUCUUAGACGCAGACGGUCUAAUACGAGUCGGUGGAAGAUUACGAACAGCCGAAAUUUCAUUCGAUCAGCGACAUCCAGUAUUACUACCAAGGAAACAUUAUGUGACAAGAUUAAUAUUGGAGCAGCUACAUCGUGAAAAUAUGCACGCCGGACCACAAGCACUCUUAGCGAUAGCUAGGCAAAAAUACUGGCCAGAGCAAGGCAAGCAAUUGGCGCAAGAGGUCGUGAAAAAUUGUGUCCUCUGUGUAAAAUCGAAGCCAAAAAUGAUGGAGCAAAUCAUGGGAGAUCUGCCUAAAUCUAGGACAACUAUAGCACGAGCGUUCUACAACGUAAGCGUAGAUUUCGCAGGACCGGUUGAAAUUCAUAGCACCAUUCGUGGAAAACGAGUAACUAAAGGAUAUAUUUGCAUCUUUGUGUGCUUCACGACAAAAGCAGUUCAUAUGGAAGCCGCAAUAGACUUGUCCAUAGACGGGUUCAUUUGUUGUUUGAAACGAUUUGUCGCACGAAGGGGAUUACCAAACGCAAUCGUGUCAGACAAUGCUACUAACUUCAAAGGAACUCAUAACCAGCUGAUGGAGCUAAAAAAUGUGUUUUCGGACACAGAAAACCAGAAAAAAUUGUACGAAUAUUGUCAGGAUCAUCAAAUUGAAUGGAAAUUUUGUCCGGCAAGAAGUCCACAUUUUAACGGAUUAGCAGAAGCUGCUGUCAAAUCAGCUAAGUGGCAUUUGCGAAAAAUUUUACAUUCUGCCAGACUCACUUAUGAUCAACUGGGAACAAUCACAGCCGAAAUUGAAGCAAUUCUGAAUUCCAGGCCGUUAACACCGAUGUCCAACAAUCCCGACGAUUUACAGCCAUUAACAGCUGGGCAUUUCUUAAUUGGAGGACCACUGACAGGUCUAGAGGACCGAAACAUCUCAAAUGGUCCCAAAACAAAAAUUUGGUACAAAAUGAUGGAAAUGCGAAAGGAAUUUUGGCGGCGAUGGUCCACGGAAUACUUGGCGGAAUUACAAAGCAAGGCCAAAUGGAGGCAGGAAUGCAACAACAUUAAAGUUGGAACAUUAGUCAUCUUAAAAGAAGAUAACAUGGCUCCAUUAAAAUGGCGAAUGGGCAGAGUCACAAAGGUUUUUUGUGAUGAAAAUGGUAAAGUACGAGUUGUCGAAUUAAUAACCAGUGUGGUCAGAAUUCCGGACAUAGCUACCAACAAAAAACGAAUAGCAAACAUGACCGCUUCAACCCAUUUGGUACGAAGAGCAAUACAUCGUAUUUGUCCAUUGCCAAUUGAGGUUAAUGACGAGCCAGAUACGUUAGCUUCCUCAAGCCAGCACAUACAAAAUCCAGCUCAACCUAGCGUCAUCGAGGAAUCUAAGGAAACAACUGAGCAGUCUCCCGAAAUAGAAGUUGCUAAUGCAGAGACUACUAUUGAGGAAGUUUCUGCAAUCGCUAAACCACAAGGCAAAUUAUUGAGAGUGUCAAAUGGUCGGGAGCCUCCAGUAAUCGUCAAGCAGCCAGACGAGCCGAUUGCGCGAAGAACCAGAUCAAAAAUCAAAACCACAAUAUGUUCAGUGGCAACUGUAGCAUUCGUAUUUCUCGCUUUCCUUGGCAGAGCAAAGGCUGAACAGUGCCAAUACAAAUCAUUCGAUCAUAAUCCAGGACUGUAUUUCGAACCAGUGGGCAGAAUGGCUUUAACUCAUGAUAAAUGGAACAUCAUAUGCGUACUCAGUCUAGAUCAACUAUGGUCACAGGCAUCCGAAAUAACAACUAUGUUGGACCAGUUGGACACCAUUUGCAGCAAGAUAAAACCCCCGAAGCUUUGCAAUAUCACACGAAAGCAAUUUCGACAGCAAGUGAAAAUAUUGGAAGAACAAAAAAAAGUGAAUAAACGAAGCAAACGAGGCUGGGUAAAUAUUUUCGGAAGUGCUUUGAAACUAACUACUGGAGUUAUGGACCAUGAUGACAGUGAAUUGAUCCAGAAGCAAGUCGAAUAUUUGAACGGAACUUAUCAAAAUGCAAUGAAGUUAAUUGCUGAUCAGACAACAAUUCAAGACAUAACACAAAAUAUAAUCAAGCGUGAUGAAGUGAAUGUGUCAAAGCAAUACACAUUAGUUCACAACGAAGUUACCAUUGAGGAUUCUGACUUUGAAUACAUGGAAACAGAGGUGCGAAAGGGCAGUAUCAUUGAAUAUUACAAGGGCGAACUCCAAGAAACAGACAUUUUGGGAGGAUCAAUGAAAAGAAUUGAGCAAUUCGAAAUUAUUCGUGGACACCGAAAACUUAUAAAAGCGGCUGUUACCUUGGUAAAAGAAAACUUGGAAGAAAACGGUGUCAAUUCCUUUUUGGCCGCUUCCCCUAAAAGAAAGAAUAAAGCCAAAACCGAUGUUAAAAGCAAAACUGAAACAUCAACGAUGGCAGAAGGAAAGCAAUCUAGACCAGAGUCACGUAAAGAUGAACCUAAAGAUCAACCUAAAGAUCAACCUAAAGAUGAACCUGAACGUCUUGAAUUACCAUCCGAUCCCAAAAUUGAAAACAAAGAUGUUGUUGGAGAGGAUAACAUGUAUUUGAUCGAAUAA